CUCAGGCUGCCUGCACAUGGUGUAAGUAGUGAGAGUUGAGCAGUAGCUGCAGCCUGUCCUCUCCUGUCCUCUCCUGUCCUGCUCCCUCGCAUCUUGCUCCUUCUGAUCCUGCGGCCCACCUCCUCUCCCCUCCCUUCCCUUUACCUGGGCACCAUGCCCCGGCCUCAGCGGCAGCCCAGGAGAUGUGGGGUCCCCGGGGUGCCACCUCUCUGCAGCCUGGUGCUGCUCCUCUUCUGGCAGCUGGUGAGGACCCAGGCAGCAGACCCUGUGGAUGUAUUAAAGGGUCUCCAGCUCCACACACAGCCCGAGGGGGUGAAGAAGACAACUGGCCUCUGCCCAGCACGUCGCUCUAGCACUGGCUCUGAUGUGGCCUACAGGAUAUCCAAGCAGGCGCAGAUCAGCGCCCCCACCAGGCAGCUUUUCCCAGGUAAAUUCCCUGAGGAUUUUUCAAUCAUGGCGUUGGUGAGGGCCAAGAGCGGACUGCAGGCCUUCCUCCUGUCCAUAUACAAUGAGCAGGGAGUCCAGCAGCUUGGGGUGGAGUUAGGACGCUCCCCGGUCUUCCUGUACGAGGAUCAGCAUGGAAAGCCGGCCCCCGAGGAUUACCCCAUAUUCAGCGGGAUCAACCUGGCAGAUGGAAAAUGGCACCGCAUUGCUUUAAGUGUACAGAAAACCUCAGUGACCCUGAUAUUGGACUGUAAGAAGCAAAUAACUAAGAAACUACCACGUGGGAAUAAACCCAUCGUUGACACCAAAGGAAUCACUGUAUUUGGGACUCGUAUCCUGGAUGAGGAAUCAUUCGAGGGCGAUAUACAGCAAUUUCUCAUAGCAUCUAAUGCUCAGGCAGCGUAUGAUUACUGUGAACACUACAGCCCGGACUGCGACAAAGCGCUACCCAACACUCCUCAGGCGCAGGACCCUAACACUAGGCUAGAUUACACAGAGGAAGAGGUGGAGUAUUACGAGUAUCCGUACUAUUAUGACAAUAAAGAGGAAGGGACACCUGCCCCACCUACUGCAAAAGCCCCCGAGGAAGGGGCAGCCGCGCAGAAAAACAAAGCCAAAAGCCCCAAGCAGCCGGCAAAGCCGAAGCCAAAGGUGCCUCCUCCCGCCAAGAAUAACAGCAAGGUGAAAAACGGCGCAGCGGGCAAGGCCCCCGCCAAACGCGACACCCCCGUGAAAAACAAUGUGGGCAAAGUCCAGCCCAAGAAAAACUUCGCUGGCGCCAAGAGGAAGAACGUGGGAAAUGGUUACCAGCAGGAUCCUGCUCUCACUUCUGAACCCAUCAUGACCCCCGAGCCCACCAUAUUAGAACAAAAUCCAGAUUACACUGCACCUCCCCCAGAAGAGGAAGAGUUUUACGGGGUCUGGGAGGACGAGGUCACGCCCGCCCCUGAGAAAAAAGAAAACGCUCCUUCAGUGGCUGUCAAGGGUAGUGAUUCCUUCACAGAGGAAUAUGUGACCGGGGAGGAGGACACUCCAGCGCCCGAGCUGGACUAUGAAUAUGUUUACAAGGAUUACCAUGAGGGCUCGGAAAGCGCGCAGCUGGGCCCAGUCCUCUCAGCAGAGACCCCCGAGAGCGGAGGUGCAAUCAGCGGACCCAGGGGACAGAAAGGGGAUCAAGGGGAGUCAGCUGUCUUUGAGCCGGGAAUGUUUGUUGAAGGACCUCCAGGACCAGAAGGACCCGCAGGUCUCUCAGGACCUCCUGGAACUCAAGGACCUCCUGGACCAGCUGGUGAUCCCGGAGAGAGGGGACCUCCUGGGCGCGCAGGGCUCAAUGGAGCCAAUGGAUUGCCAGGACAGCCCGGGAGCUCCAUCAUGAUUCCAUUCCGUUUAGGAAGCAGUGGGGGUAGUAAAGGUCCUGUGAUCGCGGCACAAGAAGCUCAAGCUCAGGCCAUUCUGCAGCAGGCCAGGCAAGCACUUCGCGGACCCCCAGGACCAAUGGGAUAUACCGGGCGAUCCGGACCCUUGGGUCCUCCUGGAAAUCCUGGUAUAAAAGGUGAAUCGGGAGAUAUUGGUUCUCAGGGGCCAAGAGGACCCCAGGGAUUAUCAGGACCUCAUGGAAAAGCUGGCAGACGAGGCCGGCCGGGUGCAGACGGAGCUCGUGGUCCUCCUGGUGAAUUUGGCAUUAAGGGAGACAGAGGUUUCGAUGGACUUCCCGGACUUCCUGGUGAGAAGGGCAACAGGGGUGACACCGGUACACAAGGCCCUCAGGGACCACCAGGAGAAGAUGGCGCAAGGGGAGGAGAUGGAGAUGUUGGCCCCCGUGGACUUCCUGGCGAGCCAGGAGUCAGAGGACUUCUUGGACCUAAAGGACCCCAAGGAAUACCCGGACCCCCUGGUGUUAGAGGUAUGGAUGGAUCUGUGGGACCUAAAGGAAACUUGGGUCCACAAGGUGAACCUGGGCCUCCCGGACAACAAGGCGUUCCUGGUACUCAAGGGCUUUCAGGACCACAGGGGCCACAGGGUCCUCCUGGAGAGAAGGGGCCACAAGGCAAACCUGGUCUUCCUGGUAUUCCUGGUUCUGAUGGACCUCCUGGUCACCCUGGCAAAGAGGGCCCAGCGGGUUAUAAAGGCAACCAGGGCCCACUUGGUCCACAAGGUAACAUUGGUUAUCCCGGGCCACGUGGUGUGAAGGGUGAAGAAGGAAUCCGUGGUCUGAAAGGACACAAAGGUGAAAAGGGAGAAGACGGAUUUCCUGGAUUCAAAGGAGAUGUGGGGGUGAAAGGUGACAAGGGUGAAAUCGGAGUGCCAGGGUCACGGGGAGAAGACGGCGCUGAGGGUCCCAAGGGAAGAUCUGGUCCCAAUGGUGACAAUGGACCCAUUGGACUGUCUGGUGAGAAGGGUAAACUUGGAGUUCCUGGACUGCCUGGGUACCCAGGACGCCAGGGCGCAAAGGGCUCACUCGGAUUCCCAGGAUUCCCUGGGGCCAAUGGAGAGAAAGGUGCCCGGGGUCUCUCUGGAAAAUCCGGCCCUAGAGGAGAGAGGGGACCAUCGGGCCCUAGAGGUCAGAGAGGACCCAGAGGAGCUACUGGGAAAUCAGGCCCCAAGGGCACCUCUGGUGGUGACGGCCCAUCUGGGCCAGCAGGAGAAAGAGGUCUUCCUGGACCACAAGGAUCUAACGGCUUCCCAGGACCCAAAGGACCACCUGGACCACCAGGAAAAGACGGGAUCCCAGGACACCCCGGACAGAGAGGUGAAGUGGGUUUCCAAGGAAAGGUGGGAACAACAGGACCUCCCGGUGUUGUAGGAGCACAGGGGGCUCAAGGUGAAUCCGGUCCAAUGGGAGAGAGAGGACAUCCUGGCCCUCCCGGACCUCCAGGAGAGCAAGGCUUGAGUGGACCGUCUGGGAAGGAGGGUACCAAGGGAGACCCAGGGACUGUUGGUGUUCCCGGAAAAGAUGGACCAGCUGGUUUAAGAGGAUUCCCUGGAGAGAGAGGCCUGCCUGGUACCCCGGGUGGUCCAGGUCUGAAGGGUAACGAAGGCCCUGCAGGACCCCCUGGCCCUGCGGGAUCCCCAGGAGAGAGAGGUGGACCAGGCCAAGGAGGACCUAUUGGACCCCCAGGAAGACCAGGACCACAGGGACCAGCAGGUUCCGCAGGGGAGAAGGGAGUACCGGGAGAGAAAGGUCCCAUUGGCCCUGCGGGUAGAGAUGGCGUCCAAGGGCCUGUAGGGUUACCCGGCGCCGCUGGACCCCCUGGGAUAGCCGGAGAGGAUGGAGACAAGGGUGAAGUUGGAGACCAUGGUCAGAAAGGAGCAAAGGGGAACAAAGGAGAACACGGUCCCCCCGGCCCGUCUGGUCCAGUUGGCUCUGUUGGACAACCAGGAGCUGCAGGUGCUGACGGAGAGCCUGGUCAACGAGGUCAACAAGGAAUAUUUGGAGCAAAGGGUGAUGAAGGCACCAGAGGAUUCCCAGGAGCUCCGGGACCCAUUGGUCUGCAGGGACUACCAGGUCCAUCUGGAGAGAAGGGAGAGACAGGGGAUGUUGGCCCAUUGGGUCCUCCUGGACCACCCGGACCACGUGGCCCUGCUGGACCUUCUGGAGCCGAUGGUCCACAAGGACCUCCUGGAGGAAUAGGAAACCUGGGCCCACCAGGACAGAAGGGUGAACCUGGUGAGAGCGGCGUCCCUGGUGUCCCUGGAGAGCUUGGACCUAAGGGACCACAUGGAGACCGAGGUGAGAAGGGAGAAGCUGGACAACCGGGAGAGGCCGGACCUCCGGGAGGAAAAGGCCCACAUGGAGAUGAUGGACCCAAAGGAAAUCCUGGUCCCGUUGGAUUCCCAGGAGAUCCCGGCCCCCCAGGAGAGAUGGGACCCAGGGGUCAAGAUGGAGCUAAAGGAGAGAGAGGAGAAGAUGGGGAACAAGGAGAGGCGGGAUCUCCUGGUCCUACUGGAGAGAACGGCCCACCGGGACCACUAGGAAAGCGGGGUCCUGCUGGUCCACCUGGUCCUGAAGGUCGCCAAGGAGAGAAAGGAGCCAAGGGUGGGAAUGGCGCUGUUGGCGCUCCUGGUAAAACCGGUUCAGUUGGUCCUCAGGGAUCUCAAGGAAAACAAGGCACAGAGGGACUGCGCGGGAUCCCAGGAGCUGUGGGUGAACAAGGUCGUCCAGGUGCGACUGGACAAGCUGGACCUCCAGGCCCCAUGGGACCCCCUGGAUUGCCAGGACUCAAGGGAGAUACUGGACCCAAGGGAGAGAAGGGUCAUCCUGGACUUAUCGGUCUGAUUGGACCAACAGGAGAGCAGGGUGAGAAGGGUGACAGGGGCAUGCCUGGACCUUCCGGAACAGUUGGAUCAAAAGGAGAGACGGGUAUUCCUGGUGUCACAGGUCCCAUUGGACCCGGUGGACCUGCUGGUGUCCCUGGUGCUCAAGGUCCUAAGGGUGCCAAAGGAGCUACGGGACAAGCUGGACCCAAGGGACAGAAAGGAGUACCGGGUCAACCUGGGCCCCCGGGACCUCCAGGUGAGGUGAUUCAGCCUCUACCCUUCCAGAUGCCCAAGAAAAACAAACGUUCAAUCGAUGCCAGUCAGAUCAUGUUGGAUGAGCCAGCUGGAGAAUAUGCUGAUGGCAUGGAGGAGAUCUAUGGUUCUCUUGAUGCAAUCAAGAAAGAUAUUGAGCUUAUGAGGACACCAUUGGGCACCAAAGAACAUCCAGCCAGAACAUGCCAGGAGCUGAUACUGUGCCAUCCAGAGAUGCCAGACGGCGAAUACUGGAUUGACCCCAACCAGGGCUGCACACGAGACUCCUUUAAGGUCUUCUGUAACUUUACAGCUGGAGCAGAAUCUUGCAUCUUCCCCAGCAAAGACAUUGAGAAGGUCAAGAUGUCACCCUGGAGCUCGGAGAAGAAGGAGACCUGGUACAGCAAAUUCAGGAAUGGCAGGAAGUUCUCAUAUGUCGACUCAGACGGUAUCCCUAUUGGCGUGGUUCAGCUGACCUUCCUCCGCCUGCUGAGUGUCUCUGCCCAUCAGAACUUCACAUAUAACUGCCACCGCUCAGCUGCCUGGCACCUCACCUCCUCCAACACCUACCAGAAGGCUCUGCACUUUAUGGGCUCAAACGAUGAGGACCUCUCUUUCUACAACAGCCCCUACAUCAAGGCUCUAAGAGAUGGCUGUGCGAUGAGGAAAGGCACAGACAAGACUGUACUGGAGAUUCACACUCCACGCGUGGAUCAGCUUCCUUUAAGGGACGCUAUGUUCAUGGACUUUGGAGAACCCAACCAGAAAUUUGGCUUUGAAGUGGGACCUGUAUGUUUUAGGGGUUGAGGCAAAAAAUAACUCCUCUCCCUAUACAAUUCCUCCCCUUUCUGAAAAUAAAACGGAGAAGCUCCCUUCCCCCUUUAUUCCUGUACACCAGUAUUCAAGAAACUCAGCCGAUGAGGAACAGAAGGCAUCGCCCCACUGACGAGGCGGAACAAAAGACCAAAAGGCCCCACUCAACGCGUGACUCUGACCAAAAAACUGGGUGGCUCCUCGCAUGACCAAAGAAAGAUUUAUGAUAGACUCUUAGCUAGAAUUAUUUGAGGCUUUUUUUAAAACCCAUCAUUCACAGAGAAAAAAUGGGGUCCCCAUGCCAUAUCCUAUAAGAUCACAAUGAAGACAUUACAAGCCGUUCUUUUUUCCAUUCAUAGAGAGCUUUAUCUAUCGUUAAACCUUUUCCCUGAGCUCUUUUGCGCCUUAAAAAACAAACAAACAAAAAAAAACAGGACUCUAUUUUUUUUCUUCUGUGGAUAAAUAAAAGUUUUAAAUAUUAUUUAAAAAUAAUAAAAAAUGCUAUGGAUUCCCCUUCUCCCUUGCACACAAAACCUGGGAUAAAUAUUUAAAAAAAAAAUGUCCUGAAAAUGAUGGGAAAAAAUUCUGUGAAUGAAAUUUCACUAUGGUGCUCAGAGAUAAUACUUAUUAUUUGACCAAGGAGAUCAAAAAAACCUCACAGGUGCUCAGAGAAUUACUGUGUAAUGUUUGUAAGUAUUUUUUGUAUUGUAAUAUAUAAUCUAUAAUUUUGCUGCUUUUUUAUUCCUGUUUUUUGUUCCUGUUUUUGCGCAUGUCCAUGCAUUACUUCCUGCCUCUCAACUUCCUGUUUGCUCUUCUGUCACACCCCUUAUUCUGAUUGGUUAGCAUCAGUUCCUGACCUCUAGCCUGCUCUCUACCUAUAUCUACUGUUUCCUCCGCUUUUAUUUAAAUAAAUGAUGUGCAAAAGGUGAAUCCCACAGAGGAAUAAAAUAA